AUGGUGAGUAAUGGAAGGGCUAAAAUGCUGUGGGACUUCCAGAUCCAGACUGACAAACAGGCGAAGGUUAAUCAACCAGAUAUUGUGAAAGCUGCAGAAGGAACACGAGAAGCUGGAGAAAUACAAAGGUCUGAAAGAGGAAAUGCAGACGUUGUGGCGAGUCAAGGCGUCAGUAGUCUCAGAGGUCAGCUUGGUGCUGUGACACCCAAACUAGAAGAGUGGCUCAGAUCCAGGAACAACCUCAGGGACCUCUGUCCAGGAGAGCACCUGCGAACAGAUAUAUCAAAUACAACAGCUUCAACAGCAGUUCUACCUACAUCUGCAUCACCACCACUAACAACUGCUGCACCACCAACAACUGCUGCACCAACAACAACUACCACUGCACCACCAACAACAACUACCACUGCACCACCAACCACCACCACCAUUGCUUUACCUGGAAGCAUCACCAAUCUAUCUCCGCAGAUUGUUGGAACAACCUUUUUGUAUGUGACUUGGACCAGACCAGGUGGAGCACUCUCUUUCUACAGAGUAUCCUGGACAGGUGGAAAUAGUAACAACAGUUUACUGGCGAACCAAAACUCUACAAACAUUACAACGCUGACUCCUGGGGUCCGAUACUACGUAACUGUCCGUGCAGUUGCAGCUGAUAACCGUACUGAAGGAAACAGUCAGACCAUUUCUGUUUAUACAAAACCUGAAGCUGUUAAGAAUCUCACAGUCACUGAUUUCUCAACAACCUCUGUGUUUCUAAACUGGAGUGAACCAAAUGGGGAACGAUCUUUUUAUCUAAUAAAGUGGAGAAAUGAAACAGCAGAAUUGAGUAAAGGUGUCAGUGACACACAUAUAAAUGUCACGGAGCUGACUCCUGGCGAGAGAUACUGUUUUCAUGUCACUGCUGUGGCAGGAGAGGAUAAAACAGAAAGUGACGAGGAAAUCAAAUGUCAGCAUACAAAGCCUGACAAAGUCAGCAAUCUCACAGUUACUGAUUUCACAACAACCUCCAUGUCUCUAAACUGGCCUGAACUAAAUGGGGAAAUAUCUUUUUAUUCAAUAAAAUACACAAAGCCUGAUGUUGUGAGGUAUCUGACUGUAACUGAAAUCACAACUUCCUCCAUAUCUCUAAAUUGGACUGAACUACUGGGAAAAAAUAUCUCCUUUAACGUUCAGUGGGCAGAUGAAAAUCAAACCAAGAAUUCCAUUGUAUUGGAUACAAAAAUCACCAUUAAGAACCUGAUGCCUGGUGUCCUUUAUAAAAUAACUGUCACUCCUGUAGCUGGUGAUAAUUAUACUCAAGGAGCCAACAAUUCUGUUUCUCAGUACACAAAACCUGCAGUAGUCAGAAAUCUCACUGUCAUCGACUUCACAACAACCUCUGUGUCUCUGAAGUGGACUGAACCAGAGGGAUUCACUUCUUUUUACACAGUAGUGUGGACAAAUAAUUCCCUAAGUCAGAGUCUCAGUGUGAACAACGCACAAAUCACCAUACCUAAGUUGACUCCAGGAGUACAGUACAAUUUCAGCAUCACUGCAGUAGAUGGAGAUAAUAUAACUAAAGGAGAAGCAACAACAGUCUCAUUGUAUACAAAGCCCCAAAAGCCUGAAAACAUUAUGGCUACAGAAAGAGGAACAGACUACUUAAACAUCAACUGGACUUCGUCUCAAGGAGGAGUUGACUAUUAUAUGGUGAACAUCACAAAUGCAGAUGUUCCAUAUAAUAACUGGACUAAAACUACAGCCAUCACAUCCAAUUUCACUGGUUUAUUACCUGGGAGAGUCUUUACAGUCACAGUAACUGCCAUGGUGGGAGUCCUCGCUACCAUGUCUGACCAGUCUUCAUUUGCCACCUAUCCCAAACCCACAGAAUCCAUCAUCAUCUGCUGCCAGACAAACUCUUCACUCCUUCUGCAGUGGACCACCCCGCCUAUGAUGGAUGGUGCUCCUAACAUCAGCUAUUUCAUAACCUACCAGUCUGUAAAUGGGAGCAGUAACAAGCAAACAAAAAACUCCACAGAAAAUAGCACCGAGCUGUCUGGCCUCGCAUCUGGAACCUUGUACAACAUUGCCAUAACAACUAUUGGACCCCAAAAAUUAAACAGCAUCCCUGCUUUGAACUCUUCUUACACUUUACCAAACCCAGUACAGAAUGUUGUAGCCUUCACCAACUCUACCACUUUGAUCAAAGUGGUCUGGUCAGAACCGCUGGGUGUUCAGCAAUAUUUCCAAUACUUGGUUGAGACCUAUAAUGAGACGGCACUUGUUAACUCACAAACAGUCAACCUUACCAGCUGUACUGUACCUAAUCUGGAGCCAGGUUCAAGAUACUUUAUCAACGUGACAACAAGGGUUGCACAAGUAGCUAAAGCCACCCCACAGCAGGCGUCCUGUUAUACAAAUCCCAAAGCAGUGACUAACUUAACAACAGCCAUGAACACAACAUUCAUCAAGCUCACAUGGCUCAGACAAAGUGAUUAUAAGUCCUCCUACUCCUAUGUGGUGGAAACCUUUAAGAAUAAUGAGUUGGUUUACAACAAUUCUGUCAAGAAUGAGAGCAUCAUCCUCAACAACUUGAUCCCAGGGACUUUGUACACAUUUUAUGUGUCCACGGUUGUAGACAGAGCCAUGUCUACGAAAAGAAACACAACGCAAUACACAAUUCCCGAAAAGGUUUCCGCCAUUACAACUAUGGGAACCACAACUACUCUGUCAGUGACCUGGACACAGGCACCUGGGAAAGUUUCAUCAUACGUUAUCACACUUUACAAAGGCUCCCAGACUAUAAACCAGACCGAUCUCACCAAUGACACUAAACAGAUUUUAUAUGAGGGUUUAAUGCCAGGAGUACUUUACUGCAUGGAUCUGUUCACUAAAAGUGAAUCUGUAACGAGCAACAAUGCAAGCACCUGCAAUGCAACAUUUCCCAACCCACCUGGCCCCAUCAUGGUGGACUUUCAGACAGUCAGCUCCAUCAACUUUACCUGGUCCCUUCCAGACAACAUGGAUUAUCAGCAGUACAACUUCAGCGUGUCCAUCAAUGGCACCGAUAGCUCCUCUCUGAUUAAGAACAACUGGUUCUGGUUGAGAAAUCUCUCGUCAGGAAGCCCCUACAGUAUUUCUGUAAAGACUGUUGGUGUGUGGGGCUAUUCAAGUACAGCAAAGAUGACAAGAAACUAUACAAGACCAUAUUCUGUGACUAAUCUGAGACAGACAGAAAUCACCAUGCACAAUUUAACUUUAAAAUGGGACCAGCCAGAGAUCAAAUCGGACUACUCUUAUCAGGUGCAGGCCAACAGCACUCCUCCAGAUUUACCGGGAUCUUUAAACAUGACGCCUUUGACAGUCUUUACAGUCACUGGACUUUAUUCUGGCAGCAACUACAGCUUCACUGCCACUACACUAACAGCAGAUGGCACUCGAGCAGAAUCUGUGACUGCAUCCUACUUCACACGACCCUAUGCUAUCACACAAUUGACAGCAUCAACAUUAAACACAACUGCUGUCCAUCUAUACUGGACCAAGCCAAAUCAGUACAAGAGUAACUACAGAUAUUGGGUGAAGACGACAGGAUGUGGCUUCCAAAAUGUGACAUCGUCAGUGGAAAGCGUAGAGAUCUCAGAGCUCACCCCUGGAACCAACUGUACCUUCUGUGUUUUUGUCAUGGCAGCAAAUGGAAUUCAAGGGGAAGCAAGAUGCACCAAUAACUACACAAAACCUGAGCUGGUGCUGCCUGCCGUCUGCAAUGAGGGCUCUAACAGUUCGGUUAAAGUAUCGUGGACACACCCUUCUGGAAAUGUGGAAAAGUAUAUACUUUCUCUAAACAGCACUUCGAAAAGUUUCUACAACACAGUGCAGCUGGAUCCUACCAGUACCACCUCCACGUUUUACAACCUGUCUGCUGGAGUUCUUUACAGCGCCAUGUUGACCACAUGCAGUGGACCCUUCUGUGUUUUAUCUGAAUUUGUCACUAAUGCAACAUACCCAAACCCUCCCGGUUCAAUUCAAAUCUUGGAGAAGACAACCAGUUAUAUUAAAUGUAGCUGGGAGGAGGCUCCUCAAAUGACCAAUGCAUCAUUCAACUAUGUACCGACUAUCACACAAUCCCUGCAAGAUGUGAACACCUCCAUUAUCCCUCCUGGAAUAACAAGAGAUCAUUUUUUUAAUUUCUCCUUGCUGUUUUCUGGAACGUCCUACAACAUUUCUGUAAUAACACGAGGACUGAUGGGGUUUGAGAGUGAGGCUGUUUACAGCAACAUGGUCACCACAAGACCACUAAUUGUGGAGAAUAUUAUGACUGCUGCUGGGGAAAAGUCUAUCAGCAUAACUUGGAUCAAACCUGCUGAUUACAAGAAAACCUAUAGUUACAUUGUGACCUGGCAAAAAUCAAAUGGGACUUUUAAUUCUAUGGAUACAUCUGAUACUAAAUCUACCAUCAAUGACCUGGUGCCUGGAAGCCAGUAUAACAUCAACGUCACCACCAAGACCUCUGAUGGAACGCAAGCUGCCCCCCAAAAUGUUUCUAUUUGCACAAAUGCUAGCCCUGUUAAGGAUUUGAAAUGGUUUGGGCCAAACUCAGGAAAUGCAGAACUCUAUUUCAACUGGACUAAACCUGAAGGAGAAAGCUCUGGCUUCCAGUUUAGUUUAAUAGACAGCUCAAAUACCAUCCAGUCCAGCCAGUAUAACAGCAUUGCCUCUUGUUGUCAGCAAAACAUUUCCAAUCUUCGUUACAACAAUCAUUAUAAUGUUACUGUGAAGACACUGAGCUGUGGAUUACCGAGCACUCCUGUGGUUCUUAGCUGCCUCACAGGCAUCACAUCUCCACCCAUUCCACCAAACUACGAAUUAUUAGCACAUGUGAAUUCAACGUUGCACAACAAGUUCACGGUUAAAAUAGAUCCCGGACUGCUGGACGACAGCCACGGGCCAGUCACGCAUAUCGGUAUUCUCAUAACAAGUGACGAAAAUACUAAAGAAUCUGCUGAUAAGAUUGACCUGGAGAGAACGUAUAACAACUGGAGAUCCAAAACUGCUCCUGUGUAUCUGGCAACAAUUGAAAACCGCACCAACAACUUGCAGGGGCGCAGCAGUGCGAGCUCUCUGGCGUUCGAAUUGGGAAGUGGAACUACAUGGAAUGACUACAGUAACGGUGCUCUGGAUCCCUCUGGGACUUACAAAUACGCCGUUGUGAUUUUCACUUUUUUGAAUACGAAACCGAAUCUUGUGAACUCCCAAACUUCAAUCUUCUCAAUAACAAAAUUCAGUCCUACUGUGACACUAUCAAAGGAUCCAGCUGUCACUGCCAUUGCUGUCGGAGCAACACUGGGAAUUUUUGGAAUUCUCUUCAUCAUCCUCAUGGGCUUCAUCAUCCACUCGAGAAGUUUAUCCAGUAAAGAGUCAUCAGACCUCCAGAUUCAACCCAUUAGAGCCAAAGUGAGUGCAGCUGUGAGGGUGGAGGAUUUCGAAAUUUACUACCGGAAGCAGAAAGCAGACUCCAGCUGUGGCUUCGCUGAAGAAUUUGAGGAUUUGAAACCUGUUGGUAUAAGUCAGGCAAAAACCCACGCACUGGCUUUGGAUAACAAGCCUAAAAACCGCUACAACAACGUACUUCCUUAUGACUCUUCAAGGGUGAAACUCUCUAUUAUCCAUGGAAGCCCAAAUGAAGAUUACAUCAAUGCUAACUACAUGCCGGGUUACCUCUCCAGGAAAGAGUUUAUUGCAGCUCAGGGUCCUUUGCCUGCAACAGUCAGUGACUUCUGGAGGAUGAUCUGGGAGAAGAACGUGCUGACUCUCGUCAUGCUGACACGCUGUAAUGAACAAGGAAGAGUUAAAUGUGAGCAGUACUGGGAUUCUGGCACCAAGCACUAUGAAGACAUCACUGUGACUACAACCUCUGAAAUAGCACUGGAAGACUGGACCAUCAGGGACUUUGACGUUAAAAAUGUUAAAACAACAGAGGUCCGUUCGGUUCGUCAGUUCCACUUCACAGCCUGGCCGGACCACGGUGUUCCAGAAACCACAGAGCUUCUGAUCAGCUUCAGACAUCUGGUCAGAGAGCACAUGAACCAGUACUCCAGGCACUCCCCCACUGUGGUCCACUGCAGUGCUGGUGUGGGGCGCACAGGCACCUUCAUAUCCAUCGACCGGCUGAUCUUCCAGAUCGAAAGGGAAAAUGUUGUGGACGUUUACGGCAUUGUUCACGAUCUGCGAAUGCAUCGACCCCUCAUGGUGCAGACAGAGGACCAGUAUGUGUUCCUAAACCUGUGCGCCUUGGACAUCAUCCGGUCGAGGACAGGGACCAAUGUAGAUCUAAUUUAUCAAAACACAGCUGCAAUCUCAAUUUAUGAAAAUGUAGAUCCCAAAAAAGGGUACGGCAAAAGAGAACAUUAGACUAGACCUUUAGUGAUUUUAUAUAUAUAUUUUUUUAUGA